GUCAUAGGUUGGCUUCAGCAGCCACCCAUACGGAGUAAUCAUAUGGUGAAGUUAUAAUUUCAUAUAAGCAAUUUAUAUGGAAUAGCAAAUCAAUUAGAUAUAGACAAAUAUUUAAAAUGACUGGAUAGUCAAACAACAUUGAUUGUAAUAAGACUUAGAAUUUAUUCUAUAUGCUAAAAUGCGUCAAGAUUGUCAAAAUCGUGCACAAGCAACUUUGAACGUGAUACUCAGGAAUGACCCAGUUGGAAAACGAGCAAAUUUUCCCAUAAAAUGGCUUUCUUUCUUUCAAAUGAAAGCUUGAAACCCAACAAAAAGCAGAGGGCUUUGGCUCCUUAAAACUUUUCCAGCAUAGAAAACAAUAUUCAAAGCAGCCAUAACUGCAACAUAUAUAAGAGGCUCAACAACCAUUUCCGAGUUAUUAAAAGGCCAUUCACUUGGGUUGAUUGGCAAAUUUAGUAUAACGACCAGAAAACAGACACACACACACAAGAAAAAUUACUCUUCUAUCAGAUACCUUGGUCUUCUCUUUUUUCAAUACUUUCUUUUGCUUUGAAAAUCAGCUUUCGUCUGGCUUACAUUGGCAUUAAGCAAGAAAUUCUUCGUACAAAAUGGGCAAGAGCCAUUUGCUUGGCGAGUCUGGCUGGCUGGCAACCGUUCUUUGCUUCUUCUUCUUCCUUAUUGCCUGUUCCGCGAAGACCCCACAGCAUAAGGACAUCUUAUUUAAGCAAUUAAUUUUGCACCAUACCAAGGUACUACUUGGAAAAAUUCUAAGGACGACUAAUAACAGCUCAGCUCUUGGGGUUCAGCUACAAAUAACCAGUAAUCAGGUGGUGAUUGACAAUGGACUUGUUCGAGUUACUUUCUCUAGUCCAGGUGGUGAUGUCAUCGAAAUUAAAUACAAAGGAAUCGAUAACAUACUUGAAAUCGUUAAUGAAGAAGAUAAUCGAGGAUAUUGGGAUGUGGUAUGGAACCGACCUGGAGAGCCCAUCAUCUAUGACAAGCUGCAAGCGACAGAUUUUAGUGUCAUAAUGGAAAAUGAAGACCAAGUAGAGGUUUCAUUCUCCAAAAGAUGGAGCCCUUCCAUGGACGCAGUUCCCUUGAAUGUUGACAAAAGGUAUAUAAUUCGACGUGGAAGCUCUGGAUUUUAUCUGUAUACCAUAUUGGAACGCUUGGAAGGAUGGCCUGAUGUUGAUAUGGAUCAAAUUAGAGUGGUUUUCAAGCUUCACAAAGAAAAGUUUCACUUCAUGGCAUUGUCUGAUGAUAGGCAAAGGGUAAUGCCAAUGCCUGAAGAUCGCCUUACUGGCCUCCCUCUGGCCUAUCCUGAAGCUGUUCUCUUAACCAAUCCAAUCAACCCAGAACUUAGAGGAGAGGUAGAUGAUAAAUAUCAAUACUCUUGUGAGGUCAGAGACAACAGGGUGCAUGGUUGGAUAUCAGACGACCCACCAGUAGGAUUUUGGAUGAUCACACCCAGUAAUGAAUUUCGCGUUGGUGGGCCCACCAAGCAAGAUCUGACCUCUCAUGUGGGGCCUACUGUCCUCAAUAUGUUUACUAGUACUCAUUAUGCUGGGGAGGACUUAAAUACAGAGUAUCGAAAUGGAGAGCCAUGGAAGAAAGUUCUUGGCCCUGCCUAUGUCUAUCUUAAUUCCAUUUCGCCCUCUGAAGAUCCGGAAGCUCUUUGGGAAGAUGCUAAAGAACAGAUGUCAACUGAAGUUAGAAGCUGGCCAUACAAUUUUCCUCAAUCUGAAGAUUUCCCCUCUUCUCAUCAACGGGGAAAUGUUUUAGGUCAAUUAAUAGUUCGUGACAGAUACAUCAAUGAAAGGUUAAUGCAUGCAAGUUUUGCUUAUGUGGGAUUGGCAGCACCAGGAGAUGUGGGCUCAUGGCAAAUGGAAGCAAAGGGUUAUCAAUUUUGGACUCAAGCUGACAGGAAAGGAAUCUUCUCAAUAAAUAAUGUGAGAGCUGGGAAUUAUAGUUUGUAUGCAUGGGUUCCUGGUAUCAUUGGAGAUUACAAAUAUAAUGUUAAUAUCAUCAUUGAACCAAGGUCUAAGAUCAAAUUGGGUGUCCUUGUAUAUGAUCCUCCAAGAAAUGGUCCAACUCUUUGGGAAAUAGGCAUUCCUGAUCGUACUGCUUCUGAGUUCUAUGUACCAGACACAUACCCAACACUCAUGAACAAAUUGUACACCAAUCACCCAACAGACAAAUUUAGGCAAUACGGAUUAUGGGAAAGAUAUGCUGAUAUGUAUCCUAAGAACGAUCUCAUAUAUAAUGUUGGUGUUAAUACUUAUGUUCAAGAUUGGUUCUUUGCCCAUGUUACGAGAGAGAUGGGAAAUAAGACAUACGAGGCAACCACAUGGCAGAUCAUAUUUGAACUAGAAAGUGUAAGCCAAAGUGGAAAUUAUACAAUCCAAGUAGCCUUGGCAUCAGCUCAUAUGUCUGAACUCCAGGUGCGGGUGAACACUGCAAGAGGCGAUCCACAUCUUUUCACAACAGGACUAAUUGGCAAGGAUAACGCCAUUGCAAGACAUGGAAUUCAUGGGUUAUAUUGGUUGUAUAGUAUUCAAGUACCAUCUUCGCAACUUCUCCAAGGAAAUAAUAUAAUUUAUCUAACUCAGUCGAGAAGUAAUAGCCCCUUUCAGGGCAUUAUGUAUGAUUACAUUCGUUUAGAGGCACCGAGAGAAACUUGAUGACGGGUUGGAAACUAUUUAUUUGGAGAUGUUUAUAUUGUCUAUAUUUUCCAAGCAUAGAUAGAUAAUGAACUGACAGUUUCUCA